AUGAACACGAAGCCAUUCACCCCCGAAGAAGCCCGGAAGAUUGUUGAAUGUCUGGAAAAACCAGCUGUAUUCCUCAAUAUGACCACAGGCUGGCCAGCAGUGGCCUGGACUGUGGAGCACCUCUCAGCUGCUUUGAAAGACAAGACCAUAAAGUUUCGUAUAGGAAAAAGAUGCACAGAAAAAGCCCCUCAGUUUGAAACUCAUUGUUCAUAUAUUGAGGCCACACUUGGUGAGUUUCUGUGCUGGACUGCUGGUCUCACUGGUUCCUGUAUUGGAUCUUUCACCGACUACCCCUUGUCAGAAUAUUGGGUUUAUGCAGAUUACAAAUACAUUGCUCUGCUAUUUCAGGACAAGGACACUAUGUUCCAGGAUGUUGUAUGGUCAGACUUUGGCUACCCAGGCAGAAAUGGUCGAGAGAGCACCCUUUGGAUUGGCACAGAAGGUGCCAACACCCCAUGCCACCUGGACUGCUAUGGCUGCAAUCUCGUUUUUCAGGUUCAAGGCAGGAAAAGAUGGCACCUUUUUCCUCCCGAGGACACAGACUGUCUCUAUCCCACACGAAUACCAUACGAAGAGUCUAGCGUGUUCAGCCAAGUCAAUGUCCUACAACCUGACUUGACAAAGUUUCCUGCUUUCAGCAAAGCCAGAGCCCAUGUGGUCACUCUACAACCUGGACAGGUGCUGUUUGUCCCUAGACAUUGGUGGCACUACGUGGAGUCAGUUGAUCCCGUCACAGUCAGUGUGAACUCGUGGAUUGAGCUGGAAGUUGACCAUAAGGCCAGAGUUGGAGAGGCUCUCACGAAAACCAUCGUCUGUGCCCUGAAAACCACACCCAGUCAUGACAACAAUGAUGACUGGCUAAAUCCUACUGAGGAGAGUGUUGCUUCGCACGAUGAAAACAUGCAAUACUUGAACCUUGCUAUGCAGGCUUACAUAGGGAGGGGAGCCCACACCGGAGAAAGGUCAGCGACAGAAAACCGGGCCAGCACUCGCCCUCCAAAACGUGACUCCAGUGGAUGUUUAAAAAAGCAGUCCAUUGACAAGAUUCCGGUUUUCACCGUCCCCUUUGGACCUCACCUCAUUCCUGUCACUUAUGAUCGUUCUCUCCCUCGUAACCUCAGUGGUACCUCCCACAAAGAGAGACUCAAGUCACAAGACAGUGACCGUGGUUUGCCUCAGCAAAGUCCAAAAGCUCGACCUGACGAUGAUUGGGAACGUGACCAAGCUCUGACAGAGGAGCGGCGCCUAGUCGCGCACCGGAGAGAAGAAACUUCUCGGUCAUCCGGUGACCCAGGAAAGGCAGAUAAUGAGAAGUGCGGCACUAUAUCCACCAAUGAUGUGCUGGAGUGUCUGGUGCAUCCAGACGUCAUUGCUCUGGUUGUGAAGAUGAUGAUGGACAGACAAAAUGAGAUUGACUGUGGAUAAUUUAAAACGAAAAGCCGUAACUUCACUGUUU